UAAUGUAAUUAAGAAGUGGUGUACUCAAGAAACCCCCAAUAAGAAAUUAUAUAUCAGGUUAUCAAAUAUUCUAUGCAUCAAAAUUACCUGAAUUGAGAAAAGAAGGUAAAUUCUAAGUUGGAGAUGCAGGUCAUAAAAUCUCUGAAAUGUGGAGAGAAUUAGAUGAUGAUGAAAGAUAGAAAUUUGAGGAUUAAUUUCAUGAAAUGGAAUCAAAAUAUAAAGAAGAUUUAAUAUUAUAUUAUGGAGGGGAUAUGCAUGAUAUUAAGAAAUAUAAGUCAUUAAUGGAAAUUCCAGAAAAACCAAGAAAACCUGCAUCUGCUUGUUUAGUUUAUAUAGCAGAGCAUAGAAAGGAAUUUAGUAAUGAGAAUCCUGAUUUCAAUAUGGCUAAAGUAACAAAAGUUUUGGCAGAUAAAUAUAAUGGACUUUCAGCUAAACAUAAAAAAAAAUAUGAGGAUGAUUUUUAAUAGAAAUUAGAAUAAUAUCAUAAGGAAAUUGAGAUUUGGUAAAAGUAAAAAAUAAUGUUUAAAUAUUUUACAAUAGAAAAUUUGCUUAGAAAUAAGAAUAAUUUGAUAAAUUAAUUGAAGAAAAGUUUAAACGAUCUGCUUCAAAAUAAGAUUUGGAAUAUUAAGAACUACCACCAUAUAAGAGAGGGCCAAAAAAAAUGAAGGAAGAUGAUGAAACAGCCCCAUAAAUAAUUGAGAAAAAAAAUGAUAAAGAUAAAGAUAAAGAUAAGUAUAAACUAUAUUUUAAUUAUAAUUAAGCAAAAAAAAUACAAAAAAUGGAAAAGAUGAAGGUAAAGGUGUAUAAAAUAAAGGAGAUUCAAAGAAAUAUUUAGAUGUAGAUUAAAAAGAUGAACAUAUUAGAAGAAAAUCUGGAUAGAAAAAAUAUUGA